CAGCGAGUGUAACCAUAGCAACGCAUGCAGGAAUAUUGGAGGGUUUUCAGAUAAAAUCAGAAAAUUUAAUUGAUGGGUUGAACCCACAGCAGAACCGAACAGCAAAUGUUGUCUGAAGCGUCAACACUUAGGCUGCAGAACAUCAGUGUUAUGAGUCCGAAGGUGUCAGUGGCCUACUCAAAGGAAAGUGUGUCUGUUGGUACCAGCAGGUGGGAGUUUUCCUUCUUUUAUUUAUGUGUCUGCAAACAGCCACAAGCUUUUAUUUUGAAAAGCUAAAAGUAUCUGAUGAGUCUGAAAACGGGUCCAGCUAAGGCCCUACAGCGGCAGGGGACCCACUGAGUGGACGGAGACAGAAACGCCUAGGUUCUGAUGUAGAAACCAGACGUGGAGAUAAAACUGUGGCCAUGAAAGGAGUUUAAAUCACAAAGGUUCUGGGUAUUUAACUGGGUCAGAAUCUGAACUGACAUCAUCAGUGAGUUUAAAGUUAUGUUGCAAAAUAAGGAAAAAAUGAUCAAACUAAGAUGGAUCAAAAUUCUGCUCGAGUCCAGUAAGGUCCAGCUUUCUGUAAAACGAACUCAUGGUUCUGUUAGCAGGAGAGCUGGGUUUACUUCUCCUUAGUGUCUGUAGCAGAAAUGUCGGACUUUUCAUCAUUUUUGUCCAACGUGACGAAACAUUAAAACAUCUGAUGGUUGAAACUUUAUUGGCCAGAGUCGUGUUGGCAAAGAGCUUCACAGAGAUGCACCAUGAUCAGGUGAGUAAGCGUGCAAACAUUGAGUCUGAAGUCCACCAACGGUCAGAGACCACAGCAGAUCCACGGUCCUCCUGAACAUGGUCACUUCAUAGGAACUUCACUGAAACGUCCUCACUGAGGUUCUCCUGAAGAACAGCAGCAGACACCCAGUUUACAGCAGUAAUACACACCCUGCCUCAGAACAAUUCAAUGUUUUUAUGUGUAAAUAAAUUAAAUAUGAGCAAAGACUUAAAUAAUAGAGUUAAAGUUGGAACUGAUGAAAAAACGACUUUAGUCAAUUUAAACCCUCAGAAACAGUCAGAGCAGCAGAAGUUGGGUUACAACAGAACAUCAGCUGAACAUAUAAAUGUGUAGUUAUAUAUCUGGAGGUGGAUUCCUGAGAGUCCAUACUGGUGUGUGUGUUCAACCCUUCCCAGAGUUCAUCGACCUCAGACACCAACGGACCUCAGAUCAGGUUGGAUUCUCACAGAGACGAUCGCAGACGCCUCAACGCAUCUGAAAACCUCAAUUCUACCUUGAAAUCAGAGCAGAAGCUUUUCUGCUCAAAGGUCAUCAAGUCAGAACAUCCAGAUAUGCUUUAGAACUCCAGAGGACCAUGAACGGAACCCUGAGGAACUACACAGAAAAUAGCAGCUGCACAGUGGAAGACUGUAGCUGCUGAAUCCCACCAUUCCCUUCAUUUCCUGCUUCCAGGUGUGUGCGGACAUCAGUCAACAUGGCGGUGUGCCUCCAGGUUCUGGGUCUGAUUCUGGGCAUUGUGUCCUGGUGUCUCCAGUCCAGCUCUACCUCCUCUCUGAAGUGGAAGGUGCGGAGUCAGGCGGAGACGGUCACCUCCAGCUCGUGGCAGUUUGAAGGUCUGUGGAUGAGCUGCGCCGCCACGUCACUGGGGUCCGUUCAGUGCAGCAGGUUUAAGACGGUUCUGGGCCUUCCUGCUCACCUGCAGGCCUGCAGAGCUCUGAUGAUCAUAUCUCUGAUCCUCGGCCUCGCCUCCAUCGUGGUCACCGUGCUCGGACUCAAGUGCACAAAGAUUGGCAGGACGUCUGAGAAGGUCAAAGAGCAGAUCGCGCUGAGUGGAGGGCUCCUGUUCAUUCUUUCUGGUGUCUUCAGCCUGGUCGCAGUCUCCUGGUACGCUGCCAGAGUCAUCAACGACUUCUACGACCCAUUCCACAGUGGAAUGAAGUUUGAACUGGGAACUGGUCUGUUUCUGGGCUGGACGGCCUCUGGUCUGGCCAUACUGGGGGGAUCUCUGCUCUGUUACACCUGCAGGAGGAGCUCCUCCACCCCCCCUGCGAGGCAGUUUUCCUUCUACUCCAACACCAGCGGAGGUCAGAGCAUCUACAAAGCAGCUCCAGCCUUUGAAAACAGCAGCUCCAAAGCUUACGUUUGACUCUUGCUGAUCCAACCAUCCUUCUGCAGCGCUGAGAACCAUCUCCUUCUGAUCUAAAACCUGCAGGGCCCACUCUCGGUUUUAGAUAUGUCCCUGCUCCACAUUUGUGAUUGCAGUAUAACAUCAGAACAUCUAAAACAUGCCCUGAAGAACAGUGGUGGGGAGCACUGCUGGAAAGAAACGUGUUGUCCACCAGGUGUCUCUAAAGAUAACACAAUUAGUUUGGCAGAUUACAGCAUGAUCAGACCGUUUAUUUAUUAUAACAAGUAAAUUUAGUAAAUUAAAUAUGUGUUUUCUGAUUUUUCCCUUCCUCGAUUUUUUCGUUUAAUUCAGAAGGUCUGUAGUUUUCAAUUUCUUCCACCAGAUAGCAGCAGAUAAUUAUGAAUGAUUCUUCUGGAAAACGUAGCCUGAUCCUUCCAGGAUCCAAGGGUCUGAGUUCAGACCGGUUAAUGAAUGUUUUUACUUGUUUGUUUCAUUUUAUAUGGAGGAAAAAUAAAAUCCAAAUGAAAAACAAAAGUGUGUGUGACACUGUGAUCAUCUGUCCCUGCCAUCUUCAUUUCAGCCCUCUGGAGAUCCUACUUCUAUGCAUCCAUGUACCUUCUGUGGGGUUUUCUUCUCUUUCUCGGCUCCGUAUCCAACAUCAUGUGCAUAAAACAUCCACUACCCCUCCUCUGCACAUGUCUGCACCAUAUCAGCAUCUCUAAGCUGAGCUCUAAUGCUGACAUUCUUAUUUUUAAUCCUGUCUGUUUUGGUCCCUGUCAAUAAAAUUUGAACCCCUUCA